AAAAAUAAACAAAUGUAGUAAUAUUCUUUUUCCAUUUUGCUUUUGCUUAUUCCAUUUUGUCUUUGCCUUUUCUGUUUUGUCUUUGCUUUUUCCGUUUUGUCUUUGCUUUUUCCAUUUGCCUUUGCUUUUGCUUUUUCCAUUUUGUCUUUGCUUUUCUCACUUUGCCUUUGUCUUUUCCAUUUGCGUUUUGCCUUAGCUUGAGCCAUGAAGUAAAGGCAAAGGCAAAACGCAAAUGGAAAAGACAAAGGCAAAAGGAGAGAGACCCGCCUACAGCCAUUUGAUUGACAGCUUGAGCCAUGAAGUAAAGGCAGUCAAUCAAAUGGCUGUAGGCGGGUCUCUCUCCUUUUGCCUUUGUCUUUUCCAUUUGCGUUUUGCCUUUGCCUUUACUUCAUGGCUCAAGCUGUCAAUCAAAUGGCUGUGGGCGGGUCUUCCUGUCCAGGAUGACUAGUCCAUACCUGAUCACACGAUUCCUGCUGGACAGUGGUAGCUCUGUAUACAUGCUAGCUCUUAGCGCGGGCGACAGGAAGCAGUGUCACGGGCAAAACAGGGAAAUAUGGCAGAGGUGGACGAAUUGAGAAGAGGAGUUCAACAAGAACUAUUGGCAAUUGCUCGGUAUGUGGAGGAAAAUUUUCCAACAGACUACAUUUUAAGGUUGGUGGAAGAUGCCAUGGAAAGUCUUGGAGAAAUAUCUGCGUUGAUGAAUGCAGACAUCGACGAAGCUGUGUGGCGCAAUCUGGAGGAGGUACGCAUGCAACUAUGUGUUGAAGCUAGGCAGUCAGGACCUGGACGACCUAGACUAGAAAUACCGGUGGACAUUAUGGAGUCAUACAUUCUUCUGGGAUUACCAGCUGCCAAAAUAGCUGAACUGUUUGGAGUGUCAACUAGAACCAUCAGAAGGAGAAUGGCAUCCCAUGGAUUGAAGUUGUCAGAUUUGUACACUCCACUGACUGAUGAUGAACUUGAUGGCAUUGUAGCAGACAUCCACAGGCAUAAUCCCAGAGCAGGGAUUAGGAUGAUCCAUGGUCUUCUUAAAUCACAGGGUACACAUGUGCAAACCUAUCGUGUGCAAAACUCUUUGCGAAGAGUGGAUCCUGAGGGUACCCUAGCACGGCAAAUAUCCAUGCAUGUAUUGAGGCGCAGGCAGUAUAGUGUCCCUGCUCCAAACAGUUUAUGGCACAUUGAUGGAAACCACAAACUAAUAAGGCAGCGGAUUGUGAUACAUGCAGGAGUGGAUGGAUUCAGCAGGCUUAUUGUUUAUAUAGAUGCAGCUACAAACAACAAAUCCACGACUGUACUGGACAGUUUCAUGUCGGCUGUUUCUCAGUACGGCUUGCCAUCUCGUGUAAGAUCUGAUAAGGGUGGGGAAAAUGUUGCCGUUGCACAUUACAUGGUGAGCCAUCGAGGAACAGGCCGGCAUUCCCACAUCACUGGACGCAGUGUGCAUAACCAAAGAAUCGAAAGAUUGUGGAGAGAUGUGUAUGGAAAUGUCCUCGACUUGUUCCAUACAGUCUUUCACAAUUUGGAAUUGGAAGGGUUUCUAAAUCCUGACAAUGAACUGGAGUUGUUUGCUCUCCAGUGGAUCUAUGUUCCACAGCUUCAGCAGCACCUUCAGGCAUUCAAGGAAGCCUGGAAUCACCACAGCUUGAGGACAGAGAGAGGCCAGUCCCCCAUGCAACUGUGGCUUAGUCAGCCACGUGAGGGAAAUAAUGCUGAUCCACUUCAGGUUGAUGAUGGUUACGGUGUAGACUGGACAGGACCUCACAACACAUACCCAGAGGGUGUCACUGUACCUGAUGCACAACUACCCCGGCAGCUUACACAGGCUGAAGUUGCAUCAUUACCCGAUCCGGAGGUUCCUUUUUCUGCUGCACUACAGGCAUACAUGGAUACAGUGAAUAUUAUUAAGGACAUUUUUCAGCAAAUCUAAGCGUAUACCAGUUGACUGUACCAUAAUCAUAACAUUAUAAACAAGACCUUUAAAAGGACAUAAACAUUGCAAAAACCACUUGAAAUGUUUGGUGACUAUGACAA